AUGACCGAAGUGCUGGCAGCAAGAGUAGUCGACAGCGAUGACGAAUCAGAGGAGAAUGGAUCAAACAGAAAGCCGCUUAUGAUCUGCGUCAUCUUGGUCUUGGUUCUGGGGAUUGGAGGAGUCUUAGCGUGGUUCUUCCUCACACAAAACGAAAGUAGUCCCGGGAAUUCAACCGAAAUCAUAAUCCUAACAUCCCCCACUGUAAUGCCAUCUCAGCCUCCCAGUUGGAGUCCUUCCAGUUUGUCAUCCGCAAAUCCAACCGGUAUUCCACUCUUGUUUGACCCGCCCUCCCAAGCAGAGUGCUCUCGCAUUCUAAAUCGACAACCCGUGAGCAAUCAAGAUUCCAUGAUUGUCAAUCCCUUUGGUCUGGAUUUUGACAUCACCGUCGUGGAAGACACUGAUACUGCCUUGUGGAUAGCCACCUUUAUGGCUUCGGUGAUUCGGAAUUUGGUUCCUGAGCUUACUGGAUGUACCAGUCGGCGCUUGCUAUCGGAGGAAGAAUCAUCCAACUUGCGAAAAUUUGACUCUCACCAUCGCAAUCUAAAUGAGAUUCGGUAUGCCAUUGGUAAUGUCGAUGUCAACGCAGAAUUUCAAUUGGGAAGAGCUUGUGAAGCUGAUGCUCCAGCCCCAUGUUUUCGAUUUGUGGUCAAGAUGGAUUUGUAUCUCAAAGAUACGUUGACCAAUUUCCAGCUGAUUGAAUUGGUGGCGAAUGUUAUCGACCCACCCGGAGCCACUCAAUCCUUGGUCCAGAGAAUGGGAUUACCGACCGAUGUCUUUCGGGAAGUGGAAGUAGUCUUGCUUGGAUCGACUUCGGAAUCACCGACGGGCCCACCAGUCGAGUCGUCUCCACCAACCACCACACCAGCCACAAAUUAA